CUCGAGAUUUCCUCCAGUGCCUCUUUUUGUCAAAUUUCAUCAAAAUCCAAGAAAAAAAAAUUUAAUUAGAAUUAAGGACAAAUUUUUUACUAAAACUGAGUGAUAAUGACCUUAAAUCUUGUUUGAAGAAACGUGAUACUUGUAGAAUUGUGGAAAGAGAAGGGAGUGUUUCGGUGAUUAUAUAAAAACAAGAUCUAUGUUGAAAGGAGCGAUAGUUCUCCGUGAUUUACGAGCCUCCUGACUGGUUUAUCAAAUCUUGUACGAUUCGUGAAUUGCAAUUUUCGUUUUUGUUUUUUAAUAUAAUUUAUUUAUUGAAUUAAUCAGUGAGUGAUUAGUUAAUAAAAAAAGUUUCAAGAUGGGACGACGAAGUAACUCCAUUGAGGAGCGAUUACCCGAUCCAAAGCUUAUGGAGGGUGGCAACUAUAUUAAGGAAGGUAGAGAUUCAGCAAGAAGUACAUGCCUCAUCUUUUCUCCCAAAGAAGAAGACGAAGUGGGUGCAUUAGGGAGGUAUCUUCAGCUUUUCACAAAAUAUGAAGUCAAUCUUCUGCACAUCGAGUCCAGAAGUUCACUUCGACAACCCGAUGGAUAUGAAUUUAUGGUCGAAUGUGCACCAGGUGGAGACCUUGGCGGAGUGGUUGAGCAACUUCAAAGACAGUGCGGCUACUUCUCCAUUAUUUCCAGGAACCACAAUGAUAAUAUGGGAACAGUACCCUGGUUUCCCAGGAGGUUUCGAGACCUCGACAAGUUUGCUAAUCAAAUUCUAACUUAUGGCUCUGAACUUGAUAGUGACCAUCCAGGGUUUACAGAUCCAGUUUACAGAGCAAGAAGAAAAUACUUUGCUGAUAUAGCAUACCUCUACAGAACAGGCCAACCUAUUCCAAGAGUGGAUUAUACUCCUGAGGAAGUCGCUACAUGGGGCACAGUAUUUAGGAAAUUGACAGAGCUCUAUCCCAAGUACGCUUGUCGAGAGCACAAUCACGUUUUCCCUCUGCUCAUUGAAAAUUGUGGUUACAGAGAGGAUAACAUUCCUCAGUUGGAUGAUAUUUCCAAUUUUUUAAAAGACUGCACGGGAUUUACGUUAAGACCAGUUGCUGGUUUGUUGGCAUCCCGCGAUUUCUUGGCAGGAUUAGCAUUUAGGGUAUUCCACAGUACACAAUAUAUAAGACAUAGCAGUAAGCCAUUCUACACACCGGAACCGGAUGUUUGUCAUGAAGUUCUGGGUCACGUGCCAUUAUUUGCCGACCCAGCUUUUGCCCAAUUCGCACAGGUUAUAGGAUUGGCUUCCCUUGGUGCGCCGGAUGAAUAUGUCGAGAAAUUGGCAACCUGCUUCUGGUUUACUGUUGAAUUCGGACUCUGUAGACAAAAUGGAGAAUUAAAAGCCUAUGGAGCUGGAUUGCUAUCAUCUUUUGGAGAAUUGGAAUAUUCCUUGAGUGGAAAACCGGAAUUGCGACCUUUUGAACCAGCGAAAACUGCAGUUCAGAAAUAUCCAAUCACAGAGUAUCAGCCAGUUUAUUUUGUGGCGGAAGAUUUCGAAGAUGCGAAGGAAAAAAUGAUAAAAUUCACCCAAACGAUUCCAAGGAAGUUUGGUGUCCGAUACGAUGCUUACACUCAGAGCAUUAGCAUAAUUGAUAGCAAGUAUCAGGUGGAAGAUUUGGUCCACAAUGUUAACCAAGAAGUUCAGAUUUUGAUGGAUGCUCUCAGAAAAUUAAAGAAUUAAAGAAUAUGUUGAAGUCUUGUCUCUUUAAAAAUGAGGAAUUCUUCAUUUUAAAUUAAAUAAUGAUUGUGCGUGUGUGUAUUAGGGUGAUUCAUUUUAAUAGGCAAAAAAAUAAUUCUAUAAUCUGAACAUACACACUUGCCUAAGUUGUGCAUUUUAGUCAACAAAGUUUUCAACAACAAAAAAAUGAUUUAGAGGUUUCCUUUUUGAGUUCUUUUCAUUAAUCUAUUUUACUUUAUUUUCUUAAUGAUUUGAAAAUACGUUGAUUAAAUUCUUGUAGAUAUAGAAUUAUCCACUUUUACAUAAUCAUCCUUGUACAUCAUUUAAUACAAAUUUUUAAAUUAAUUUUGAAGCAAAAUAAGAAUAUUAUCUUACUUCUAAAUUAGAAAAAGAUACUUAUUACAGAAAAAUGUCAAAGAAG